AUGAUUAUCGGUUCUCUCAAGUCUUUCUCAUCACCACCUACUAGAAGUGGCCGCCUCCUUGUUGGCACUCUUCUCUUAUUGUUAUUGUUCUCUCUUGUGAUCUCUUGCUCUGCAAAACGAGAUGUUUCUGUUCGUCAUCGUCGAGGUGGUGGACUCGAGUUGAUUGUGAAUGUCAAUGUGAAUGGUAAGAGGUCUUCCCCAUUCUCUUCAUCAAAAUCAGCUGAAGAAAGUACUCCAGCAACAAAUUCUCAACAAGAAGAAUCCUCUUUCGUGAGUUCAUCCGAAGAGUCGAACAAACAAGAAAUUACUCCUCAAGAAAAUACUUCCCAAGAAAUUCCUUUGGACAAAACCACACAAGAAAUUGCUUCUCAAGUUCAUGACGUUGUUUCGAAAAAGAUGGCCACAGAAGUUGCUGAAAACUUGUUGAAAUUUGCUGGUGAAGUGAAAAAGAUCUACGACGCCAUUCCAAAUUCAGGACUCACCCAAGAACAACAAGAAUUUAAAACUCAACUUCUUGCCAUGAUUCGUGACUUCACCAGCAAAGCUUCGAAUCCAAGUGCUGAAUUUAUGGUUUCUUCUCUCAAAUAUUUGAAUGCUGCAAAGAAACUAAGUCCACCUUCUGUCAAUUUAGAAACCAAUGAUGACAACAAGAAGGAAGCCAAAACAUUAUUCAUUCUUCCAGCAAUUGGAAUUGUCAGUGAUGUCAUGAACUUUGUGGAUGGCAUUGGUACUUAUUCGAGUUCCAUUUCCAAAGAAGGAAAGUGGUUGGAGGAUCUAGCUUCAGAGAAAUUGCAAAAGUGGGGAUUCCAGAGAGCUGCCAAUGCUGCAAAAAGUAUUGGAACAAGUAUUUCUAAUUUUUCUGAAAAAAAGUUGGGACGUAUUGAGGAAAGGGUGGCCAAGAAGAUUGCUCCAUUUGUUAAAUCCAAAUCAUACCUCGCUUUAAAGAGAAGUAUUAACUUGGUGGCUAGUGAGACUGGUCUUCAUGGAGUGGCUAAAUCGAUUGGUAGUUUGAUUCCAGCAAAACUUCCAAGAAAUUUCAAAGAAUUGAAGUCUACCUUGACCAACAUAACCAAACUCGUCAAGGACCGAAGAGCUAUCAUGCAAGGCAUUCGAAAUGCUGCGAAAGGGUUGAAGACUUCCUUAAUUUCCAAACUUCGCACUGCUCGCUCCACACGUAGUGCCAUUAGAGAUGUGAAAUCUGGAAUGGAAUUGUUAAAGAGAAAGAGAAGUUCUCAAAGAAGACGACAACAACGUAGUGCUGCAGUUCGUGGUAGUGGCACUUCUUCCAGUCGUCGACAAGGAAAUUCCUCGAAUCGAAGAGUCAACAGAAGACAAGCCAAAGGAAAUAAUAGAAAUGGCGCUCGUUCAAAUGGAAGAAGAUUGCCCACUUCACGACAACGUUCGACAUCAUCCUCUUCCAAUGGUAGAAGUAGUGGCAUGAGGCGUUCAUCAUCCAACAAUAGAAGUAGCAACAAUAGACGAAGAAGUAGUUCAUCUCCAAAAAGAGGAUAA